AUGGCUGAGAAGAAACAUAAACAAGAGGAGAGGUGUGGAGUUGACCUGAACCCGGAUCAGUUCCGCUGUUCAGUAUGUCUGGAGCUGCUUAUAGAGCCAGUCACUCUUCAUUGCGGUCAUAGUUUCUGCCAACACUGUAUAAAACGCUUCUGGGACGUGGAGAAUGUGAAGGGAGAGUACACCUGCCCCGACUGCAGAGAGAGAUUCAGUCCCAGGCCUGUGCUGCGGAGGAACAACACGCUGGCUGAGGUUGUGGAGAAGCUGAAGAGGAGUCAGACCCAGCAGACUUCUCCCUCUGCUCCUCUGGCUUGUGAUGCCCCGACAAAUGUUGCCUGUGAUUUCUGCGGUGGUGCCGAACCCAUGAAAGCCACUAUGUCUUGCCUGACGUGCUUGGCAUCAUACUGUCCAGCCCACCUACAGGCUCACUACAGUGUUCCUGUGUUGAUGAAGCACCAGCUGGUCUCUGCUAUGGUCCCGCUGUGUACGAAGAUAUGUACAGAGCACAGCAAGCUGAUGGAGAUCUACUGUCAGACAGACAAGCAGCUUGUUUGCUCUCUGUGCACUGUAAAAGACCAUGAGGGCCACAAAACAGUCCCUGUUUCAGUACAGAAGGCUGAGUCAGAGAAAUGGCUGGUCUCAACUCAAAAGAAAGUCCAGGAAAGAGUCCAGCAGGGAGAGGAGGAGCAGACAAAGCUCAGCCAAGCGGAGGAGAAUCUCAAGAGUUGUGCCGAGGCUGCAGUGAAAGACUGUGACAAGCUCUUCGACCAGUUGAUCUCCAUGCAGAAAAGACGCAGCGAGGUGAAGCAGCUGAUUAUAGCACAGGAGAAGACUGCAAUCACUCAGGUUAAAGAGCUGCGGCUGCAGCAGGGGAAAGAGAUUGCUAAGCUGAGGACAAGAGACGCUCUCUUGGAACGACUGCUGCACACCGACGACCACAUCUAUUUGAUUCAGACUCUUUCCAAUUUCUGCGACCCUCCGGAGGUUUCGGUUGGAGCUGGUCCUCCGCGCUCUUUCAGAGAUGUGACUGACUGCGUGUCUGAGCUGAGAGACCAGCUGGAGGCCAUGCUGAAGGACACGUGGCCAAGGAUCUCUGUCACAGCUUCUUAUGUUGACUUCACGCUGACACCAGAACCAACAACCAGAGAGGAGUGUUUACAAUAUCGCUGUCCUCUCACACUGGAUGUGAACUCAAACUACGCCUAUCUCUACCUGGUAGACAACAUGCACAUGAUGAAGCCUUCUCCCAGCCCAUAUUCUGCUCACCCAGACAGGUUUACUAAGUUUGCACAAGUUCUGUGCGAAGAGGGUUUGUCAAAGCAAUGUUAUUGGGAGGUGCAGUGGUACGGUCGCUCUCUCUCUGCGGCAGUGUCAUACAAAGACAUCAGCCGAACAACGGAUGACUCACGGUUUGGAAGCAACAACAAGUCCUGGAGCUUAGAGUGCACAUCAAAGGGCUACUCGUUCCAUCACAAUAAUGUAGAAACACCAGUGUCAGGACCUUGCUCCUACAAGAUUGGAGUAUAUCUGGAUUAUAAAGCAGGCAUCCUGUGUUUUUAUCAUGUCUCUGACUCGGUGGUGCUGCUCCACAAAGUUCAGACCACCUUCACACAGCCUCUCCAUCCUGGACUUGGGCUUAACUAUGAAUGGUAUGAUGCUGGAGUGUAUGCACAGCUGGUCAAGUUGUUGUAGUAAAAGUGUGUGCUGGACCAUUAAAACACUAGAGGAAUAUAGAUGGGAGAACUUGAAAGACUUUGUGCUUAAACAUAACAAAAUAUUUAUUUUCUUCUUUUCCCAUCUAUAAUAUUUUCCUCUAUGUCCCUCCCAGAGCUUCUUUCUAGA